AAGUGACCCUCCUAAGCCGCUCCGCUAAUGCUAAUGGCCCCGGAACGGUAAAGAAGCUCUCCGAAGAUGGCUGGAGUGUUUGAGGUGGAGGUUGACGGUGUGGAGCACGACCACGGGCUGGGGCAGCACAAUGAACCGAACCAGUUUGACGCGUCCAAGCUUUCGCCAGAAGAAAAAUGGAGAGUGGAGCACGCGAGGAUGCACGCCAAGCACAAGGGUCACGAGGCCAUGCACGCCGAGAUGGUCCUGAUCCUCAUCGUCACCCUGGUGGUCGCCCAGCUGGUGCUGGUUCAGUGGAAGCAGAGACACCCGAAGUCGUACAACCUGGUGACACUCUUCCAGAUGUGGGUAGUUCCUCUCUAUUUCACCACCAAGCUUCACUGGUGGAGGUUUCUGAUCACGUGGUUCAUCUUCUCCGUCGUCACAGCAUACAUCUCCUUCCGUGCAACGCGCAAGCCGCUGGCCUGCACCACCCCAAGGUUGGUGUACAAGUGGUUCCUCCUCCUGUACAAGAUCAGCUACGCCACAGGGAUAUUUGGCUACAGCGUCGUCAUGUUUACUCUUUUUGGUAUUAACCUUAUAUUCAGGAUAAAGCCAGAGGACGCCAUGGACUUUGGCGUUUCGCUGCUGUUCUACGGGCUGUACUACGGGGUCCUUGGGAGAGACUUUGCAGAGAUGUGUGCAGACUUCAUGGCCUCAACCGUUGGCUAUUACAGUGCAUCCGGGAUGCCAACCAAGCACCUCUCGGACAACAUCUGCGCCGUGUGCGGUCAGCCCAUCCUCGUCGACGUCAGUGAGGAAGGGAUCAUCGAGAACACCUACAGAUUGUCCUGCAAUCACGUUUUCCACGAGUUCUGCAUAAGAGGCUGGUGCAUCGUUGGGAAGAAGCAGAUGUGUCCGUACUGCAAAGAGAAGGUGGAUCUGAAGAGGAUGUUCAGUAAUCCCUGGGAAAGGCCACAUGUGAUGUAUGGACAGCUUUUAGACUGGCUUCGGUACCUGGUGGCCUGGCAGCCCGUCAUCAUCGGGUUCGUCCAAGGCAUCAACUACAUCCUGGGUCUGGAGUGAUCCCGGACCUCUUAACGGACAGAAGAUAUGCACUCGCUCAAAAAGACUGGGCCCUGACAUUAAACUAAAACUCCAACAAAA